AUGACACCCUCACCAUCAAGCCAGGCCCUCGAGCCUCGGCAUCCUAAACCUACGCAAACAGUCUCGGUGAACAUCUCGGAAGGCUCCCAGAACCGCUCUCGUCGCUUCCAGCUCGAAGUGAGCGAGUGUGUCGAGACAAAGACCGUUACGACCACGACUCGCCUCACCCGAAAGUUCCCACACGUAUUUGUUCGCGAUCCCGUCCCUCUCGAGAAUCUCGAUACCAAGGAAUAUCCGCUCGCAAUGAAGCCUACACCUCCCGAGUUGAUCCAGUUCUCGUACAACAUGCCUGGAACGAAUGAGGUCGAAGACGACGACGAAGAGGAGCGGUCUAUAGGCCAGCAGUGCGCCACUAACACCCUCAAGGCUGAGUCCCCUCAAGAGAACCUUCCCCUCACCCGGAUACCCAAGCAUCGAUCCCAGUCCCCAUCAGAAGGCUACCCUCGCCGUGCUCGUGCAUCUCGGACAAGUCCUAUCGAAUCUCCCGAUUCUUCUGCCCCGACUUCGAACCCUUCUCGACGACCUGCUCGAUCCACCCAGCUCAACGCCGUGUCGGAUAAGCUCCGACGCUCUAUUGCCCACAGCUCCAGCCGCCGUGAUCCCGCAGAAAGAUUACCUCGGGGCUCUUCAGGCUUCUUGGCUACUCCCGAUACAUCAGAAGUCGUUGGAGCAGCUGAUCGGUCAGCUCGAAGACGAUCGCUUCAUCUCGAACGACAUCACUCACCCGAGGCAUCCUCGUCCGCACAAAGUCCUCACUACGAGGCCACCAGCCCCGUAGAGAGCGACUCCCACACAGUUUUCAGCAGCAAUGUGGCCACCCCACCAAUUACUGAUGCCGACGCUGAGCCUUUCGCUGACGUUGAUGGAUCUCUCCACCAGCCGCUAAGACCAUUCAACCCCCGGCCGAGCAUCGACGUUGUUACCGCUCAGGAUGCCAGUCUCCCUAGUCCUAGAUUGUCUCCGACACUUGCAGCCGCUCAGCUACACACCGCCGACCAGGACGAGGAAGACCCCCAGUCCAGCUUCCAGACCUCCCACACAGACCCGUCCACCUGGGUCGAUGAAUCACAGUUGACCGAGGACGGUACUUCGACAGCCCUGGUCCGCGCUGGCCAAUCUCAUGACAACUAUGCUCUUACCCGAACCGAUUCGUCUGGUCAGCCUCUUGUGGUCGACACGCAAACCCUGCUGGAGGCUUUCGAUUCGAUGAAGACGGAGAUGAAGACAUUCAUGAUGUACCAGUUCCUUCGCCGCUGCCCCCGACCUACCCUCCGCGUUGUUGCCAACGCUGUCAACCCUGCUCUCAAGUGCGACUUUCUUCGACAGCUGCCACUCGAACUUGGCUACACCGUCUUGUCCCACCUCGACCACCGCGAUCUCUGCCGAGCCGCUCAGGUUUCCAAGCACUGGCGUAACAUUGUCGAUCGAAACGAGACUGGCUGGAAGGAGCUGUUUGACCGUGAUGGCUACACUCUGCCUCCCGGCGAGCUUCAGAAGGCCAUCCUUCAGGGCUGGGGCUGGCAGGAUCCCGUUGGUGCUUCCGGCUAUGAGAAGGACCUGAGCAUGCGAAACCGACUGACUUCGACUGAGCACGAGCUCACUCGAAACCUCCGACAGGAAACAGCUUCCAAGUCGCGGGCUUCCAAGCGGAAGAGAGCUCUCAACACUUAUUCGGCUGCCGAGAGAUCCAAGCGACGCGCCAGCGCUCAGGAGGCAGUGACCCGUGACGACAAGGCCCAGCCUGAGGCCAAACAGCACAAGUCGGAGGGCCCUCUGUCUGCUGCUAAUGCCGCAGCCGCCGCCGUGCCUGACCCCCAACUUGGGCUUCCCAGUCUCCGCGAGCUGCACCUCUUCAAAUCUUUGUACCGCCGUCACCACAUGAUCCGUAAGAGUUGGACCAGCGGCGAGGUGAAGCCCGGGCAUGUGGCGUUCGCUGCUCACCCCCGUCACGUCAUCACUUGCCUCCAAUUCGACGAGGACAAGAUCAUUACCGGCAGCGACGAUACCCUCAUUCACAUCUACGACACCAAGACUGGCAAGCUCCGCAAGAAGCUGGAGGGCCACGAGGGUGGCGUCUGGGCCUUGCAGUACGAAGGCAACAUGCUCGUUUCUGGUAGUACCGAUCGAUCUGUUCGCGUGUGGGAUAUCGAACGGGGGCUCUGUCAGCAGGUCUUCUAUGGGCACACUAGCACUGUGCGUUGCCUGCAGAUCCUGAUGCCUACUGAGACGGGCAGAGAUUCCAGCGGCAGCCCCAUUAUGCAACCCGAGAAGCCUCUGAUCAUCACCGGUUCCCGAGACAGUCAACUUAGAGUCUGGCGUCUUCCAGAGGUCGGGUCUCGUCGAUACAUCCAAACAGGGCCCCCAGCUCACGAGUCGGACUGCCCUUACUUCAUUCGCGUCCUCGCUGGCCACACCCACUCGGUCCGAGCCAUCUCUGCUCAUGGCGACACUCUCGUCAGUGGAUCUUACGAUAGCACCGUCCGCGUCUGGCGCAUCAGCACUGGCGAGGCUCUUCACGUACUCCACGGACAUUCGCAGAAGGUGUACUCGGUUGUCCUCGACCAUGAACGCAACCGAUGCAUCUCGGGCUCGAUGGACUCUCUGGUCAAAAUCUGGGAUCUUGCUACAGGUGCUUGCCUGUACACACUUGAGGGGCAUAGCUUGCUCGUCGGUCUACUUGAUCUCCGAGAUGAGCGACUGGUGUCGGCAGCAGCUGACUCGACCCUCCGUAUCUGGGAUCCCGAGAAUGGCAGAUGCCGUAAUACUCUUAUGGCACAUACUGGGGCUAUCACCUGUUUCCAGCACGAUGGCCGCAAAGUUAUUAGCGGCAGCGAGAAGACGGUCAAGAUGUGGGACGUCCGAACUGGCGAGUGUGUCCAGGACCUUCUGAGCGAUCUCAGCGGCGUCUGGCAGGUCAAGUUUGACGAGAGACGAUGUGUGGCUGCUGUCCAGCGGGACCAGCUGACGUAUGUCGAGAUUCUCGACUUUGGAGCUGUUCGAGAUGGCAAGCCCCCGGAGGAACUUGGCAAGCGUAUCCUGCUCAACGAGCCCGAGGUCCGAGCUAUGAUCGAGGAUGAAACUUAG